AUGAAAUUCGAUACAUUUCUUGCGACAGUUGAUGAUUGGGGUAAAUUUCAAAAGGUGAAAUAUACACUUAUUUGUCUAACGUAUAUGCUCCCAUCAAUAAUGGUAUAUACAUAUACAUUUACAGCUGCAACACCAAAAUUUCGUUGUGUAAAUCCAGAUAAUAUAACACAAGAUGAAUAUAAUCAAUUAAAUAAUAAUAUUUUCAAAGCAAAUUUUCAACCAACAAAAGAACAAUGUGAAGGUACUGAAAAAAAUCUUGCAUUAAGUGAAUGUCAACGUUGUUAUAUACAAUCAAAUGAUACUGAUAAAAUCUCAUUGAAAAAAUGUAAUGAAUAUGUUUAUGACAGAAAACAUUAUAAACGAACAUUAGUUGAAGAAUGGACAAUGGUUUGUGAUCGUUCUGAUUAUCGAUCAAUAGUACAAAUAGUAUUUUUUAUUGGGUAUAUGGUUGGUUCAAUAUUCUUUGGAGCCUUAGCUGACAAAUACGGUCGUCGUCCUAUAAUGAGUGUUAGUUUUAUUUUAAUGAGUAUAUCCGGAUUUUUAUGCGCAUAUGGUCCUCAAAAAGCAUAUGGAGUUCUUCCAUCGUAUAUUAUAUUUAUUAUCGCACGGUUUCUAUUAGCAUGUUCAACACGAGGAAUUUCCGUAUCUGGUUUUGUUCUUGGUUCAGAAAUAGUUGGACCAAGUAAACGUUUAUUAACUGGAAUUGUUAUUGAAUAUUUUUUUGCAUUUGGCCAACUUUUUCUCGUAUCGUUUGCAUACUUUAUUCGUACAUGGCGAGCAUUAACAGGAGCUAUAUCAUUAUUUACUGUACCAUUUAUAUUCUUCUAUUUUGUUUUACCUGAAAGUCCUCGAUGGCUUAUUAGUAAAGGCCGAUUUGAUGAAGCAGAAAAGAUUUUACGACGUAUUGCAGUCGAUAAUAAACGAAAUUUUGAUCGAGAUGCUUAUCAACAAGUUAAAGAUGAACAAGAAAAAAAUAUGUUGGAUAAACAUAAUCAAGAAGGUGUAAUGGGUUUAGUUAAAUCAAAAAUUAUGUUUAUUCUUAGUAUGAACCUUUUUUUUCAAUGGCUUGUUCAAAAUUUAGUAUUUUAUGGUGUUUCACAAAAUACUGGUUCAUGGGAUUUAGAUCCAUAUUUAUCAUUUACUGUUAGUGCAUUUGUCGAACUACUUGCCUAUGUUUUAGUACAUUUAAUACUUGAUCGUGUUGGUCGUAAAAUACCUUACUGUUUAUUUGUUCUACUCUUUGGUAUUGUUGCAAUACUUGUUUUACCGGUACAAUAUUUAUUGACAGCAAAUAGCACAGCUCAGUCAGCUUUAAUGAUUAUAAUUAAUGUUUCAUUAAAGUUUCUUGCAUCGGCAUCUUAUGCUAUUAUAUAUAUUUAUGCUAAUGAACUUUUUCCAACUAAUGUACGAAAUACAUGUAUGGGAAUAUGUUCAAUGGUUGCACGUAUUGGAGCUAUAAUAGGAACAUUUUGUAAUGGUUCAUUAACUCGUAUUUGGAUACAUUUACCUAUACUUCUUUAUGGUAUUGUUUCGCUUAUAGCUGCAUUUUUAGCUUUAAUGUUUCCUGAAACAUUAAAUAAACCAUUACCACAAACUUAUGCAGAUGUGGAACGAAUGAUUUCAAUUGGUUUUCGAAGAGGAAAACCUGAAAGUAUACUUAUUGAUGGUAUAGAACAUGAAGGUCAAUUAUUAACAAAGAAUUAUGAAGAUAAUACAAUCAAGGAACAUUUACAGGAGAAUGAUUUAAAUGAUAAUAAAUUAUAA